UUGUAGUUAAUUUUUGAUAUCUCGAAACUCCAUGGGACGUGUAGUUUCUAUGGCGUUAAAAAUAUAAUAUUAUGUUAAAAAUGAUUAAUUUAAGAAAUGUCUUUUAUGUUCAAACAUAGUAUACAAAAAGAGCAUUUUGUUCUAGUUCGCGGUAUGUUAUCCAACAGAUGAUCUAUUAUUCCGUGGUUUGAAUUUGUUUAGAAAAGGCGUCCAUGAACUAAGACUGCAGUAAAAAUUAUUAAAAAGUCAUUCAAAAUGUUACGGGCGAGAUAAGUUAAAAGUCUGAGAUGUGGGUGAUAGUGUGACUGAAAGUUAAGAAGCACAAGUGGCGCAUUAGUAAGUCGGUUAAACGAUUCUAGGUCGUGUAGGUGUUGAAUCGGUAUGUGGCACAAGCAGGCUGGGUUAUGAAUGAGGAGGCUCUGUUGGCACGGGCUUCCGAGGAGCGGGAGCGUAUCUUUCAGAGAUACGAAAGGGGACGCGAGAAUCUCGUCGGUCAAAUAGACCCCUGGGAGGAUCCCGAGUUUGAAGAUUAUCAUAAAACUGAUAGAUAUGGUUUCAUCCAUGAUGAGCGUUUGUUGCACAAGACGGCUCCGCAAAAAGUCAAUGUGGAAGUCGAAAGAGAGAAGAAAUGGGUUAAAAUGCUCGGCUCCUGGGAUACGCCGGCCACAAGAGAGAAACUUCACAGGAGAAUAUAUAAAGGCAUUCCAAAUUCACUACGAAUAAAGAUAUGGUGUAAGCUGCUGAAUGUUAACUCAAUGAAAUCUACAAACGUUGGGAAAUACCAGGAGAUGCUUAGACUUGCAAAGCAAUGGUCCACGGAUGUAAGACAAAUAGAUUCUGAUGUGAACAGACAGUUCCGUGAACAUCAGUUCUAUAGGGAACGGUAUUCUGAGAAACAGUGCUCUCUGUUUAAUGUCCUUUGUGCCUAUAGUAUGUAUAAUUCUGAAGUUGGCUACUGUCAGGGUAUGUCCGGUUUAGCCGGGGUGCUGUUAAUGUACAUGGACGAGGAGGAUGCGUUUUGGGCACUGGCAAUUCUAUUGUCUGAUAAAAAAUAUGCCAUGCACGGAUUGUACGUAGAGGGAUUCCCGAAGUUAACGAGAUUUUUAGAGCAUCACGAUAAAAUAUUAACGAAAUUCAUGCCAAAGCUGAAACAACACUUCGAUAAGUUCGGCCUUGACGCUAUUCUUUAUUCUCUCAAAUGGUUCUUUGUGUGCUUUGUCGAACGAGUGCCAUUCAGUUUGUGUUUGAGAGUGUGGGAUAUAUAUCUUCUCGAUGGGGAACGCGUUAUCACAGCGAUGGCAUACACAAUACUGAAACUCCACAAGAAGGCAAUAAUGAAGCUGAAUGACAUGGAUCUUAUAGUUAAUUAUAUUCAGGUUAAGCUUCAUAAAGAUUUCGGUUACGAGGACGAUAUAGUCAUUCACCAUUUGGAGCGUUCCAUGGAUGAGUUGAAGAGAGCCAAGAUUGAUUAUCCGGGGCCGCCACCGCCCUCGGAACUGCCCCAACGACAACUAGGGGCAUUCGUGGAGCCGGAUAAGAAGGCCAAAAUAGGUCAGAGGGCUGAAAAUUUCUCGGAGACCGAGAAGCAAGCCAGAGCCACUGUCAUAUUGAGACGUGAGAAAGCAGCGUUGGAGCUUCAGGAACUCCGAGUAUCCCAAAGUGACACCGUGUCAGAUCAUAGCGGCGUAGCGAGUGGUGUGCGGUGCGAGGACUCGGUGUCCGUUUUGGGGUCUAGGAGGUCCCUCGCUGACACCAGCGUGACCAGUACCGCUGACCUCAGCGUGUUCUCCAGCGGGAGGUCCCACGCUCCCGACAAUUCGCUGGACACCCACAGCAACAUCAGCGACGACGGCACUGGGUCAGAUGGCUGCGGGAACUGUAGUUUGAGCGUGCAAUGGUUGCCAACCGCCCAGUCGACGCCCAGGGCGACUCCAUACCCACCAUCUGCCUCGCCGUCAGAGGACGUGGUCAGGAUCCACGUCACAUACAAUCCCCUCGCGAGCCCUUCACACCUACAGCCGGUCAGUCCAUCCAAAUAUAAAUACGAGCACCACAAGCCUGUCUCCCUAAACUUCUACACCAACGGCAGCAAUGUACCGGACAAUAGGAUCCGGAUCCAAGUUUCCUCGGAGGAGCUCCUGACGCCGAUAGUGGACUCCGGCCGCAUAAUAUCACCUCGCUACAUCGACUCCCAUCCAGGAAUGUAUGAAUAUAAGUAGUCAUAAUCAUCGUAUAACACCGUUUUCCUGAUUUACUUGUCAUAUUUUAGUAUUUUAUAUAUUGCCCGAGUUUGCUUUGAUUAGUUCAGCUACAGGCGGUGGAGGUAGAUGUGUUUGCAAAGUUGUUUAGGGCUAGAAACUUUAAAAUAAUGGAAUACGAAGAGUAAAGAAACAUUAUUAUUGUAAUAUGUUAUAUAUAUAUUUAUAAGUUAGUAUGGAAAUAUUUAUUUUAUUAUUGUCUUAGCGAAUCUCAUUCCACACAUAUAUAUAUAUAUAUAUAUAUAUAUAUAUGCUUUUUAUAUAUAUAAUAUGAUUAUUUCGUUAUAGUGACCGUCUUUGUUAUAUCUGCUUAAUAAGAUAACUAUGUAUCGGAAAACCGUAGUUUUAGUGAAGUGCCAUUGGUGGUUUUGCAAUUUUAUGUUGCACUUGCAUUAAUAUGUAGUUGUCCAUUCAAAAAUCCCCUUAAAAAAGUCGUUCAGAAAUGAAAAAAAUUAAAAACGGUCGGUCAUUAGUUUUACUAUGCAAUUUUUACUACCUACACAAAUGAAGGGGAGGGGUAUUAUUUAAAAGCACUCUCACUAAAUAACAUGAGGCACCAAAAUUAUGGCAAUUUUAUAUGGUGAAAUUAUGAUCCAAAAUACGUUGGAUCUGGAUGUCGAGAAUUAUAUGAAAAAUCAAUUUUAAAUUAUUGUAAAAAAAAGUUCUACUUUCGUCACAAUUUGCUUAAGACGAAGCAAGAAACGUUAUAGAUUUUAGAAUCUGUUUGCUUCAUUAAGAAAUCCUUUUUUUUUUUUAAAAAGACCCCUUUUUUUGUUUACAAGAGAAUCAAUAAGGUUAGCCCUGUUUUAUUAAGUCCUAACACUGGAAUGUACAAGCGUACAUUAUUCGGGAUACAAACGAAAUGCCUACCAAAAAAAAAAAAAAACAUGGUUAACUUGGAAAUAUGUAAA